CAGUUCCACACCCUGGAUUUUUCUCGAUCACCUCCGCCGGGUGAUUUUUCAUGCGGCUUCGGUGGUCGGUGAUCCCUUGGUCGUCUGCCCCUCGCCGCUCCUCCUAAUCCCCACCGUUGUCACCAAAGACAUAAAAGCUUUGUUAAUGAUCGGUAUUUUAGCAUGAAAGCCUCAACGGUGAUCUGCAUUGCCACUUUGUUGUUGUGGCAAUCCGUUCUGCCAUUCGCUCAAGAUGAUGGAAGCACGGAGAAUGCAGAACCUGUGAAGCCGAGUAAAGAAGAGGAGGAGUGCAAUGGCGUCUUUGCGUCGUAUACUUUGGAGCAGAGGGAGAGGGAGCUUCCGUUUGUCAAGAAUGUAUCGGCUCAAGGGUGGGCGUUUAAGUCUUCUGCGGUGGUGAUGAAUGCGGGGGCAACAGAGCUCAAGGCCUGGCAACUUUUUAUUGGGUUUCAGAAUGAUGAGCUUUUGGUAUCUGUGGAUGGGGCUGUUGUUGUUGAUGGUGAUAGUUUUCCUAUUCGUGUUGGUAAAAAUGGGACUCACCUAGCUGGAUUUCCACAGGCUGAUUUGAAGACCGCGAUUGAUACGGCUAAUGAUAUGAGCCAGAUGGCUGCCAAGAUCAGUAUAAAGGGCACCCAAUUUGGUGGCCAGAAGAACGCGAAGCCAAUGCCUAAGACGCUCAAAAUUGUGAAUGAUGGCUUCAAAUGUCCUGCACCAAAGAUGACCAAGGGUGGUUCCACAAUGGCUGUCUGUUGUGUUAAGGAUCCCAAGUUCAAAACCAAGGACUUGAAAACUAAGUUUUUUCCGCGCCAGAAAGGGGAUCUUACCUUUACAUAUGAUGUGCUCCAAGCAUACAAAGGUAGCUAUCUUGCUCAAGUCACCAUUAAGAAUCAUCAUCCACUUGGCCGCCUUGACCGUUGGAAUUUGACCUGGGAAUGGAUGAGGAACGAAUUUAUUUACAACAUGAGAGGAGCCUUCACUCACCAGAAGGAUCCUUCUGAAUGCCUCUACGGUCCCCAGGGCAGGUAUUACCAAGACUUGGAUUUCAGCCAAGUGUUGAACUGCCAGAAAAAGCCUGUUAUUUCGGAUAUGCCUCCAACAUUGAAAGAUGAUGAGAAGCUUGGAAAGUUGCCUUACUGCUGCAGAAAUGGCAGCAUAUUGCCUGCUAUAAUGAAUGUAACUGAGUCCCAAUCAAUCUUUCAGUUGAACGUCUACAAGCUUCCACCUGACAUGAAUAGAACAGCCAUUAAUCCUCCUCAGAACUGGCAGAUUUCAGGCCUUGUGAACCCGACCUAUAAAUGUGGGCAGCCAAUACGCGUUGAUCCCUCUGAAUUCCCUGAUCCUAGUGGCAUUGAUUCGGUAUCCACAUCUGUAGCAACUUGGCAAGUGACAUGCAACAUAACGCGUCCAAAACCAAAGCAAGCUAAAUGCUGUGUUUCCUUCUCAGCUUACUAUGCCAGGUCUGUGAUUCCCUGCAACACCUGUGCUUGUGGCUGUGAAGACACUGACAAAUGCAAUCCCAACGCGAAAGCAAUGCUGCUUCCACCCGAAGCUCUUCUUGUUCCAUUCGUCAACAGAACAGCAAAAGCACUCGCAUGGGCCAAACUGAGAAAGUUACCAAUCCCUCAUCCAAGACCUUGCGGUGACAACUGUGGAGUUAGCGUCAACUGGCACAUUACAGGCAAUACAAAAACAGGAUGGAGUGCCAGAAUCACGCUAUUCAACUGGGGAAGCUUGCCUUAUCAAGAUUGGUUUGCAGCAGUUCAAUUGAAGAAGGCAUCUGUGGGGUACCAAAAUGUAUACUCCUUCAAUGGAACAAGGCUACCAAAUUUAAACAAUACUAUCUUUAUGAAAGGAUUCAAGGGCUUAAAUUACUUGAUUGCUGAAGUGGACGGUGCUCGUCCUGGGGCUCCAAGAGUACCAGGAAAACAACAAUCAGUGAUCUCAUUUUCAAAAGCACAUACUCCCAAAAUUGACAUAGAAGCUGGAGAUGGUUUCCCAUCUAAGUUCAUAUUCAAUGGUGAAGAAUGUGCUCUGCCUACCCGCUUCCCAGGAAAUGGAGCCCAUCGUGCUCGUGCUGCAGAUUUUCUUCCAGUUUUACUCAUCACUCUAUUGACUACUUUGCUCAUCACUGACCGCUGGUUCCACUGAUCAGUUGCCAAAUGAAGCUUGUAUUUAUUGAAAAUGUAAGAUGAUACUAAUGUACUUGCUGGAACAAGCAAUGGAUCAGGAUAUAGAUGAGAUAUUUCUUCUCUUGCUGUCUAGGCAAUGCAUGUAGGUGUUGCGACCAAGUGGAGAGACUUUGAUUUUCAAUUGGAAACAGAGGGAAGAUCAUGAUAGUAAUUACAAUUAUACAUUAUAA